UAAAUAAUUUGCUUAACAAAGUGAUAAAACAUUAUAAGAAACUUAAAUGCAGACCUGAUUGAUUUUUUUUUAAUUCUUGCUGAAAUGUAUCCACUACCAUAAGUACAGACUACAUGACAUAGUAACCACAUCCUCUUAUUCUUCUUUUUGCUCUAUAUAACCUCCUUGUUAAACGUCAGUGUUGGUGGAAAUAUCUCAUGUUUUUUUGUAUUAAUUUAUUAAAAUAAAAUUAUGGACUUUAUAAUUGAUACCGUUGGUGAUUUAAAAGAUGAUACAGCUCAAAACAACUCUGUGACAAAGCAGCUAUUAGAAGAAUAUAAAGAAAGUCUAAAGAAUGAAAAAGAACGUCCAAAUGCAAGUGAAAAGAGACCACAUGGUGUAGAAGAUGAAUUUAAUUUGUUCUCUAAAGAUGUAAAGUUAUCAAAGUUUUCUAGUAAAAAAGAGAAACAGACCUAUUUACGCAAGAAACAAUUAGAGGAUGUAUUGAAAAAGUCUGUGAUUACACCUGACUUUGAGUCCUUACAUUCUGUACCACCAUAUGAAGUAUCUAAAAAAAGAUUAAGGAAAUUGAGACAAAAAGAAAGGCAAAAGACCAAGGGUGAAAAAUGGUAUGGUUUACCAGCCACUGAAGUAACAGAGGAAAUUAAACAUGAUCUAGAAGUUCUGCAAAUGCGUUCAGCAUUAGAUCCAAAACAUUUUUACAAAAAAAAUGAUCUGAAAGUGUUGCCAAAAUACUUUCAGAUUGGUAAAGUGUUGGAUUCUCCUCUAGAUCAUUAUAACAAUCGAAUACCUAAGAAACAGAGGAAAAGGACUCUGGUGGAUGAGUUAUUGGCUGAUGCAGAGUUCAGUAAAUACAACAAGAGAAAAUACAAAGAAAUUAUUGAGGAGAAACAAAAAACCGAUUACAAGGCAUGGAGAAAAGCUAAAAAAUUAAAAAAGAAAGGUAAACAGUAGUUACUUGUUAUAAUUGUAAAAUAUGAGUAUACACAAUAUAUUUGUAUAACACAU